AGAGUGACAUCAGUCUAUGGCAGUAUAAAAAUGGAUUGUAAACAUUUGAUUUCCAUCAGCAAUAAUACUGCUAUUUAGUCCUUGAGCAUUGAUUACAAAAUUUCAGGAAAAGUUCAAUUUGGUUAAGAACAUGUGAUUAAUUUUAUACCGAUUUUGCUUGAAUAAGAGAGAGAUUCUCAUCGAGAACAAACACUUGUAGAAGAACCUGGGCAACUUAUUAAAAAUAUUAAUGUUUACAUUCUGGCUCAAACGACAGGUCGUAUUACACAAAACAGUAAAUAAUCAAUUCGGACAUCGACAAUGAGCCAUACUGUACAUAGGAACAAUUCCGUUUUUUCAUAAACCAAGCGUAACUGCUAUGGGAUCCAUUUGUUUUUGUUUUUAAAUGCAAACCAUGUGGUUGAGGAGGUGUAAUUAUUACAUAUAUGUUGUUUGUUUGUUUUCUGAUGUUUUUCGAACAACAGAUAUCUUCAAUUAAAUGAAUUAAGUGAAAGGGAAGGGGACAAUGUAGUAAAUAAAAUAAAAGUUGUGUUUAUAUAUCAUACUAAGUAAUGUGCACUAAUGUGUACUAGUAUGGACACAAUAAAGUAAAUCAGUCGAUAAAAAGGUUCAUCAUAAAGCAGAUCUAAGAUGGAAUCAAAUUGGUACAUUCUUCAAGACGAAUAGGCUGAUAUUAGCGAGUAGAAUAAUUCUCGUUGUCUCGGUGGACAUUGCAGAAUAACCGCGUCUGAGCCUUUGCGUUAAAAGCUACAAAGCUCCCGUCCGCUAGAUGGCAGUAGAGAUUUCAACCCGACCACAACCGGAAGUUCAUUCUACCAAGCACCGUUGUCGUUCGACGAACGUCUUGUGUAUCGUGGGAUUCUACUCAGUAACAACACAGAGUUUUUGGACCCGGCAAAACCAUGGGGUCCUCCAAGAAACACAAAGAAAAGAGCCGUGAUAAGGAAGUGGAAGAUCGCCGCCGUGAGCACAAGAAACACCGCCGCAAGGAGAGGGAGAGAGACGUGUCGGAGCGGAGCAGUGGCCGCGACAAGGACAAGAGAAAGCGCUCCACUUCCAGGGACAGGACCAGCCGUGAUGCCCGCGGUAAAGGAGAGCGGAGCAGCGGAGAGCCACGGGUGAAGAAAGAGAAAGUCGAUCCCGGCUAUGACGAGGGAAAUGCCCCCGUGCUGUCGCAGUCUGCAAGCGGAGAUGCGUCACUCAGCAUUGAGGAAACGAACAAGCUUCGAGCAAAGUUGGGCUUGAAACCUCUGGAGCUAAAUGAAGACAAGAAGGAGGUUGGUACGAAGGAGGCGCCUCUGGUGGCCGAGACGAUCAACCCUUCCCUCAUGCAGAAGCAGGUUGAAAUCAGGGAAAAACUUGCUGCCAUGAAAGAAAAACGCCUUCUGAACCAGAAGUUGGGCAAAGUCAAGACCUUAGCAGAUGAAGACUGGCUUGAUGACACAUCUGCUUGGGUGGAGAAAAACAGAAAGUUGGCCAAAGAGAAGGAGAUGGCAGAAAAGAGGGCUAAACUUCUGGAAGAGAUGGAUCAGGAGUUUGGCGUCAGCAACCUAGUGGAGGAGGAGUUUGGACAAAGUAAGAAAACGGCCUACACAGCAUUUGAUCUCAAAGGACUGAAAGUGCAACAUCAAGUGGAAUCUUUUAAUGAAGGCCAGAGUGUCAUCCUUACCUUGCAAGACAAAGGCGUCCUAGAGGAAGAGGAAGAUGUCCUAGUCAAUGUGAACAUUGUGGACAAAGAGAAGGCUGACAAAAAUGUGGAGCUGAAAAAGAAAAAGCCAGACUACAACCCCUAUGAGGAAGAGAGUGUGGAUGAUAUGGUGACGUUUAAAUCACAGUCUGUUCUAUCAAAAUAUGAUGAGGAAAUCGAGGGUGAGAAGAAAAAGAGUUUCAGGUUGAAUGCCGGCGGCUUUGUGGGCGGCGAGCGAGAACAAGAGCUCAAAGCAAUGAGAGAGACUCUGAGGAACCAAGCCCAGACACUUGCUAUGCCCUCCCUUACGGUGGCAUCUGAGUACUACACCCCUCAGGAGAUGGUUGGCUUCAAGAAAACCAAGCGUCGUGUGAAGAAGAUCAGAAAGAAAGAGAGUCUGGUAACACAGCUGUCUGAUGACACCCGCAACACAGAUUUUGGCUCACGUUCCCGUGGCAAAGGUCGUAAACCGGCAGAGGGUGAAGAGCACCGUCUGGAAGCCGAGUUGCCUCAGGUCCCCCUGAUAUCUGAUGAUGUCAGGCCGGCAGAGAUGGACAUAAGUGAUGAUGAGGACUUUACUCCUCCUGAGCCAGCUGUUCUUGAGGAGGACGAAGCUGAACAGGAGCUGCAGAAACAGCUGGAGAAGCAGCGCAAGCUGAGACAAAAGCAGCUGCUCAAAGACUCUGGGGAGAAAGUGGCGCAAAGGAUCAAAAUCCAGAUCGACAGCAACAAUGACAACGAAAAUGAUGCAGACAAGAGAAACAACAUUGUUUUCAACGCCACAUCUGAGUUUUGCAGGACUCUGGGUGACAUUCCAACGUACGGUUUGUCUGGGAACAGGGAGGACCAAGAGGAUAUCAUGGACUUUGAACAAGAGCAAGAGAAAGAUGGCGCUGGAGGCUCUGACUCGGACAUGGAUGAGAACCUUGGCUGGAGCACUGUGAACUUGGAUGAGGAGCAAAAACAACCAGACUUCGCCACAGCUUCUGCCACGAUUCUGGAUGAAGAGCCCAUUGUUAAUUCGGGUCUUGGCGCCGCUCUUCUGUUGUGCAAAAACAAAGGUCUCCUGGACACUCAGAUGCAGAAGGUCGCCCGUGUCCGAGCCCCGAAAGGCGCGUUGCCCAACGAUAAUUACUGCAUCGAGGAUAAGAUGGGCUUUGAUGACAAGUACAGUCGGCGGGAGGAAUACAGAGGCUUCACCCAAGACUUCAAAGAUAAAGAUGGCUAUAAACCAGAUGUCAAGAUUGAGUAUGUGGACGAGUCGGGUCGCCGGCUGACGCCAAAGGAAGCCUUCAGACAGCUGUCACACAGAUUCCACGGCAAAGGCUCUGGAAAGAUGAAGACGGAGAGGAGGAUGAAGAAGCUUGAAGAGGAGGCGCUACUGAAGAAGAUGAGCAGCAGCGACACCCCACUGGGGACGGUGGCUCUGCUGCAGGAGAAACAGAAGUCCCAGAAAACGCCAUAUAUUGUUCUGAGUGGGAGUGGGAAGAGUAUGAAUGUGAACAAUAUCACCAAAUAAGGAGACACGUUUGAUUAAGUUCUUGCUGAUAAAGAAAGUUCUUUUUUUUUUUUUUUUAACUUCUAAAAUGUACAAUUGACUCUGGCUUCAUUAUGGUAAUGCCCAGCUGUUGAAUAAAUUCAGGAAAUUAAUAAAGCUCUCCUUGUUUUUUUGUGAACCUCUAAACGUUUGAGGCUUUUCCACGUGUAUUUGUUGACAAUAGAUUAGAAUUUUGUGAUAAUGUUUUCACACUACUGGUUUCAUGUAUUUAAAGUACAUUGCUAAUGCAAAGAUGAAUAAUGCGAAUUUAGUCCUGUAAACAAGUCAUUUUCAUGUAUUUUUCGGACGUUCUGAAUUUGUGUUUUGUCCACUAGAUGGCAGAAUGUAUUUAGGAUUAUGUUCAUCGAUGGCCUACAAUUGAUAAAUAAAUAUUGACCUAAUCGCUGGUACAGAAACG